AGGCGUAAGUKAUCCCAAAGAGUAUAGAAAUCUGAAGAGAACAACUGUGCAAAAAGGACAAUUAGUGAAAAUUUGUUUAACAAGUUUUAAUUGUUUUUUAUUUUGGUGUGAAAAUAAGUGUAGACGAAAAAGAAUUUAUUCAGAAACUUGUCCAAAACAAAAUAAGAAAAAAAUCUAGUAUUUCCCACGGCAUACACUUAUUACCAUUAAUAGAAGAGCACAACGAUUUUUUCCAACGUCAAUAUAUUCAAUCGGACCGAAAGAAUUGCAUCAGCAUUGCUUUGCCAAAGUAACAUUACCAUUGCUUGGGAUUAGUGGUAACAGACAUGUUAACGCAUAAAGGUUGUCAAGGUGGACGUAAGAAAAUGCAGGUGUCGUUUGUAAUACGAGAUGCAGAGGAAAAACAACACAGAAACGGUGUUAAUGCGCUACAACUCGAUCCCAAUAAUGGCAAACUAUAUUCCGCUGGGCGUGAUGCUAUUAUUCGAGUAUGGAACACAAGAACUGAAUCUUCAGAGAAAUAUAUACAAUCAAUGGAACACCAUAACGAUUGGGUUAAUGAUAUAGUGCUCUGUUGUAAUGGCAGAAAUUUAAUAAGCGCCAGCUGUGAUACCACCGUCAAAGUGUGGAAUGCCCAUAAAGGCUUCUGCAUGUCAACGCUACGCACACAUCGGGAUUAUGUGCAGGCAUUGGCCUAUGCCAGAGAUCGCGAACAAGUGGCAAGUGCAGGGCUGGACAAAGCGAUUUUCCUUUGGGACGUUAACACCCUAACCGCACUGACUGCCAGCAACAAUACCGUUACAACCUCUAGUCUCACCGGUUCUAAAGACUCUAUAUAUAGUCUGGCUAUGAACCCUUCGGGUACGGUUAUUGUUAGCGGUUCAACGGAAAAUAUAUUACGUAUUUGGGAUCCUCGUACCUGUACACGGAGCAUGAAGCUGCGAGGUCACACUGAAAAUGUACGUGCAUUAGUAGUUUCACCUGAUGGCAGUCAAGUAGUCUCUGGCAGUUCAGAUGGAACAAUCAAACUUUGGAAUUUGGGCCAACAGCGAUGUAUACAGACGUUACAUGUACACAAGGAAGGUGUUUGGGCGCUAUUAAUGAGUGAAAACUUUCAGUAUGUGAUUUCCGGCAGUCGAGAUAAGAAUAUCAUAGUUACUGAAUUGAGGAACCCAAGCAAUUCGGUAUUAGUUUGUGAGGAGCGUGCGCCAGUGCUUAGUCUUGGAUAUAACAUUGAUAAAACAGGUGUUUGGGCCACCACGUGGAAUUCAGAUAUACGCUGUUGGAAAUUACCAUUAUAUGACAAAUGUACUUUAACAUCUAGUGGAGGUAUGGACGCACAGUGGGCGAUAGCGUCGAAUACUGAACUGACAUGCAUCAAAGGUGGUGCGGCMGUUAAGAAAUGUGUCGUUUUAAACGACAAACGUUAUAUAGUMACCAAGGAUACUGAAGAGAAUGUUGCUAUUUACGAUGUGCUGCGUGUAAUGAAAAAAGAGGAUUUGGGCAAAGUGGAUUUUGAUGAAGAAUUGAAAAAACGUAAUAAACAAGUUUACAUUCCAAAUUGGUUUACGGUGGAUUUAAAGACUGGAAUGCCAACAAUUGUAUUAGGCCAGGAUGAAGUUGACUGCUUUGCUGCGUGGGUGUCUAUAGAGGCUGGACUUCCAGAAUGUGCGGAACCAACAUCAGAGACUAAGAUAAAUUAUGGCAAACUACUACUGGAAGCAUUAUUAGAAAGCUGGACACCACCCCACAGCUUACCACAAAGUGAAUUAGAGCCAGAUAGCCAUGGAAAUGGUUAUUUUCAAGUGCCCAAGCACACACCGGUUAUUUUUAGUGAGGUAGGUGGACGUACGGUUUGUCGACUUUUGGUGCGUGAUGCAGCUGGAGAGAGUGAAAGUACGUUACUGCACGAAACCGUACCACAGUGGGUCACAGAUGUUGUGAUUGAGAAGACUAUUCCGAAGUUCUUAAAAAUACCUUUCUUCCUGCAGCCGCACCCACAAAUGAUUAAACCUGAACGUACCAAAAAGGAUCGCCUAGUUGCCAAUGAGUUUAUACAAUGUCGGAAAGUGUGCGAGCAUGUUUUGGAAAAAGUACUGGGUGCAGAGACAACACCGAGUGGCGGUAACGCUUCAAAUUCUUCGCAGAAUAGUCAAAGUGAUGCGAAUUCAGAGGGAUCACAAGUACCUGCAGAGGAUCGCAUCGAGUUAUGGUGUAACGAUGUUGUGGUAGAUCCUAACAUGGAUUUGCGUACAGUGCGUCACUUCAUUUGGAAACAGUCGACCGAUUUGACUUUCCAGUAUAAGACGAAGCCAAAUUUUAGCUAUGAUGGUAAACUGUGAAUAGUCUCGACAAAAAUUACCGCCAACGCCAACAUCAAAACCAACAACAUAUAUGCUUAGAGUAAAGACGAGUCCUCCUACAUUCGCCACCAUUUCAUCYACACCAUUUGGCUUCGUUGUGCCCAAAAAGGUAUUGCUAAAUUUCCAAUGUUGCAAUGAAAGAUGGGAAAAAUGUAGUGCAUAUUGGCUUCGAACUAAAAUGAAAAUUAGUGCAAUUUAUUUUUGCAGAACAUUGAAACAAGAAAUGAGUUGUUUAAUGAGUCUUAGUCUAGUUGGGAGCUAGUGCUUAUGUUUGUAGAGAUUAUGUUCAUGCAUCCACAUAUACAUAUGUGUGUCGUCAGUUUAACCAUUUGUUUGACGAUUUUUGAUAUCUGUUUUAUUUAUUUCGCAAAACAAAUCCCGAUAUCUUUACAAAACGUGCAUUCAAAAACAAAAUAAAUAUACAUAUAUAAAUUUAUACUUUUAAAUCUGUGCGCAUAUAAAAMUAAGCUGGUUAUUCUAACGCCAAAUUCACUUUUGGAUGCAUUUUUGUUGUUGCAUUAAGGAUUUAAUUUUUUUUUGUUUUUGUUUUAUUUUUGCUUACAUUACAUUUGCUUAGUUUAUCUUCAAUCCUAUAAUAAUCUGCAUUUAAGAAAAUACUUUAUAGGAGUAGCAAAUUUACAUUCACAAUAAUCCAUUAAAAAUUACCAACUUUUAAACGCCAAACCGUUUGCAUUCAACGUAAAUGCGCUCAACUAAAAAAAAACUAUUUGUAAUUAAAUUAAAACACCAUGAUAUUUAUUUACACGAUAUUGYGAAAGUGAGACUCGCAAACGAAUGAACUUGCGCAGUUCAUUUUCAGCUUGCGGUUGCGCGAAAUGAACCGUAGUAAAUUAAAUUGUUAUGAACAAAUUCUGCAUUGUUAAAAGUAAAAACUUAAAAAAGUGCAUUGUAGAACAAKGGCAGUGUUCAGAUUUUCUAUGUCUACGUGUUAAAAAAAACAUGUUUUGUCAAAAUCUGUUAUGUAUUCAUAUCUGUGGUCUAAAUAUUCUUUAAAACGAGCUUACAGCUCGGUCUGAAAUUGUUUACAUAUAUUUUACGGAUUCUAGCGACAUUUAAGAUAUWAGUUUUGGAUAUAUUGAAUAAUAUGUAUUAAUGCAUAAAAUGUAUGUGGCGUGUAUUAU